GCGCAGCGAGGCUGGCGACACAACGAUUCGAGACGUCGUACGCUGCACUUCGCUCUGUAAAGUCUCAGCACUCGCUAAUUCGCAACCAUGUCUGGACGCGGCAAAGGUGGCAAGGCCAAGGGAAAGGCGAAGUCGCGCUCCAAUCGCGCUGGACUGCAGUUCCCCGUCGGCCGUAUCCAUCGGCUUCUGCGAAAGGGAAACUACGCCGAGCGCGUCGGCGCCGGUGCCCCGGUAUACCUGGCCGCGGUGAUGGAGUACCUCGCCGCUGAAGUGUUGGAGUUGGCAGGCAACGCCGCCCGCGACAACAAGAAGACCAGAAUCAUUCCCAGGCACUUGCAGCUGGCCAUUCGUAAUGACGAGGAGUUGAACAAGCUGCUCUCGGGCGUCACCAUCGCUCAGGGUGGCGUACUGCCGAACAUCCAGGCGGUCUUGCUGCCAAAGAAAACCGAGAAGAAGGCUUAACUUACGCAGCACCACACUCACAAACGGCCCUUUUUAGGGCCACCAAUUUUCUCAUACGAGGAAUGUUCCGUUUGCAAUGCCGUUUCUACACGCUAUCUUCAAACAUAAUUUAUUUAGACUAUUAUAUAACAAGUAUUCAUAUCUUGGUAAUACUAGAUGAAUUAAAUUAUCUGAACGUGUGCGUAACGUGUACUAUUUGUUCAAAUCUCAAUAGCACACAGUAUCAAAUACCAAAGGAGGUUAUUUAAAACAUUUUAGAUUAAUGUACUUUGUUCUUUUGCGUUUGUUUUAUUCUCUAUGAGAAAGCGCAUCGUUGUGAAAAGAAUAUAAUUGUAAAUUUUGUUGUAAGUUAGGGAAAGAGCUGGUACAUUUAUGCUUAGGGAAAUUCAGAGAAGUAAAACCGAACAUCCAUAUAAAUAUAUUUUUGUUACUCUAACUUUUGAGAAUGUUAAACUUUUCGAAUUAGCUGAAACAAAUUUGAAAUAUUUUGUAAUAGUGAGGGGAAAGAUGUGCAGAAUAUUUCUAUAAAGCGAUUGUUAAAAGUAGAACAUCACAAGGGUUAAAUAAUCAAUAAAAAUCUUACUAAAUAAGACUAGUUAUUUAAUUAGUGCUUUAUUAGAUCGAAACGUUUUGAAAGACUCCUAUGGUAUUUUAUUUCGAAAAUUUUACCUGCAUUGCAAAUGGUCAUUUUAUGUUA